AAAUGUACAUUAACAUCGCCCAUCCAUUCUUCUACCAGAGUAUAAUGACAAAUCGCAGUGUCUACAUUAUUAUCCUGUGUCUGUGGACAUUUGGGUUGUCUUACAUGUUUGUUCCGCUGAUGGUAUACACGAAAGUUCACUAUCACAAGUCAUGUAUUCUGCUUCACCCACCAUUAGAGUACUACUGUAUUGGGGCUUUCGUGUACGUCAUCAGCAGUGUUGCAGUUAUGGUCUCUAACUUUAAAGUAGCAUUUUUGGCUUUCAGAAAGAAACAGGUCAGUUUGGCUCGAAGAAUUCCCAGUUCUGGGAUCGGCACUGUUAGAAGUGUCAAAUUCUUCUCGGCCAUGUUUGGAAUGUAUUUUAUCUGUACGUCGCCGUCCGUUUUGUGUGCUGGUCUCAAUAUAGUGUUCCCUGUACCAACUCCUGUUUACGUAUUUUCAAUUUAUUUAAUACCAUUUAACUCAGUACUAACUUUCAUUAUCUUUUUCUUUAUAAAUAAUAAAUUUUCACAGGCUGUGAUGAGGACUUUUUCUGAUGUUAAGGCACGCCUGUGUAAGGGUUAA